CGACUGGCUUCUAGUGGCGAUAUAGGUUUGAACCCUGGUCCUGACUGUAAAGUGCCAUCUACUACUGUGAAAAAAUCGGCACGGAAGUUUCCAUAUGCUAUUUGUGAAAAACCAGCCCGGUGUAAUCAGAAAGGGAUUAAGUGUCGCAGGUGUGAUAGAUGGCAUCAUAUCAAAUGCAUCGAUAUGGAUUUCAAGACAUAUGUCGCUCUAAGUCAUUCCCAAGAUCGUUGGCUUUGUAGUGGCAACAGUUGUGGUUUACCUUUUGAUUUCUCGGCCUCGUUUUUUGAUUCAUCAUUUUUCUUGGACACAACCGAGAGUAAUGAUGGAAGUCACGAUGACUCACGUGGCAUUUACACUCUACGAGAACUUGUUGCAAUGAUCAGAAAACUAAAGACUCACAUUAUCUUUAUCAGCAAAACAAAAAUUGACUCCACAUACCCUGAUAAUCAAUUCACAAUUCCUGGCUAUACCUUAUACCGCAAUAACAGGAAGAAGGGUGGAGGUGGCAUUCUGGUCUAUGUAUCAAUGGGCGAUUCCAGAAAAUAUCCAUACCAUACCACGGACGGCUUUUAGGAUUUCCGAAGGGGAGGGGGGGUUCACGAUUAUGGAAUUCUGAGGGAAUGGGGGGGUAUUUACGAUUGGAAAUCCGAAGGCAUGGGGUAACUCCACAGGUGGGAUUUUUGGAGUAGAAAGUGUAGAGUGAGUUCCUUGAAAACGCUAUUGUUGUGGACUUUUGUAGUUCGUAAAUAAACCACGAACGUAUGACCGCGGAAGCAGAAGACAAGCAUCGAUAGAUCAGACAUGUGUUUACGCUCAUAACUUAUAGAAGUGAACAGUAAAAUGUGGGUUUCACAUUAACCUUGAUGAAUUUCUUGUCACAUGAAAAAAAAAAUGGAAUAUGUAUCUUUCUGCUUGCAAGUUUCUUGUUACUCCCAUCUGAUGAACAGUGAAAAAACUCGCACCAGUCCCUGGCUUCCAAGGAACGCCUGUCAGAUUAGAACACUUUUUGUGCACACUACAUGACCUAUAAAAGGACACAACACGCCUCGACGGUAUAUUUGACUACCGAAAGAUUUUAACAGUCUGAAUUUGAGCUAUUUUGCUUUGUAAACGUCAAAACAGCACAAGAAAACAAAGAGGAGUAAAAUUGCCGUUAGUGGUGUUUAUUUUUAUUGCCAAAUUCGGACCUAAAAAGGAGUUUGCACAGCCUGUCUACUAGCGGUAGGUUAGAGUCUGAAAGCUUGUCGCCUGGCGCCGCUAGAUCACAGCCUUGAGGAGGCAUAAAUUCAUGUUCGUUUGUUCAUAUAGGCGUUGCUAAGUUGAAAUUGUACGUCCAAAAAAACGGAAAUUCUGAAGGGGAGGGGGGGUUCACGAUUAUGGAAUUCUGAGGGCAUGGGGGGGUAACGCAUUUUGGAAUUUCCGAAGGCACGGGGGGGAUAAUACAUGGAAGCCGUCCGUGGUUGGGUAUGGAUAUUUUCUGGAAUUGCCCAAUGCUACUACCAUGUAAAAGGCUGAGGAUCAACAGGACUUUUAAGACCUUGGAGCCUCUUGCAGUUGACAUAAGAGUUGGUACCACUGACAUGAUAAUAUCGUCCACCCAAACUGGUGUCAGGUAAUUAUCGACUACAACUUGAGGAUGAACUUAACGGCAUUUGCACUUGGGCCUCCUUGCAUCGGGAUUCUGUUCCUAUUCUUGGUGAUCCCAAUCUUGACAGGCGCAGGCCAGAUAAAAGUGAAGGAAAACUACUCCUUGACUUGGAGGUGGAACAAGAGUUCACUUGUCUUAUUGACAAAGCUACACGCACGGAG